AUGGCUGAGCAGAACACUGAAGCCAAACUGAAAUCCCUCCUGAAGCAGCAGAAGAUCCAACUGUGGAACCCACCCUACACCCUGGAGAACCAGCCUUGUGCUCAAAGCAUGCAGGAGCUGGCACAGACUCUGGCCCCUCUGCUCGACCUCUCUGUCCUGGACGUAGGGGGUGCUCUGGAGCUGAUCCGCGCUCAGGCCGUGACCCGAGGAAGAGGAAACCAGACCUUCAGAGAAACCAGUGUCGCCACCAUCGAGCUCCUGCUGCCGCGGGAGGUCCGCAAGGAUCUGAAGACUAAAACCCUGUUCCAGAGCCGCCUGGAUGUGUGUGCGCAAGAACUGGUCCACAGAAUUUCGGAAGAAUUUGGACUUAAAUCUAUCAAACUGAUCCUGAAUGGAAGAACUCUAAUCCUGGACAGGACUCUGGAGGAGCAAGGCGUCAGGAACCACAGUAAGAUGAUGGUUUUACGAGUGAGUGACGCAGAGUGGGAGCAGCGGCAGCACAACGAGCUUCAGAAGAGGCAGAGUCUGCAGAGGACUCACAAAGGCUUCCAGAUCCUGUCAGAGAGAGAGGAGGAUCUGGACUCAAAACCGUUCCUGGAAAUCGCUGACCAGAAGGGAAACCCACUGAGCAUCCCACAAGAGGAGAAGAAGGCUCUGAUUGUUGCUAUGGGCUUCCAUGAGAAGGGCCGUUCCCUGAUGAAGAGGAAACAGUUUGACAACGCACUGAGCCACUUGCUUCAGGCCGACCAAGAGUUCAGUAAGUGCACCUCGACCCUGCUCAGUUUGGUGGAUAACUUUGCAGUACUGCAGCUGGACAUCGUAUGGUGCUAUCGCGCUCUGGAGGCUCUGUCCUGUUUAGACGACAGUCGAGCGAGACUCCAGCGGGCAGAGACCAGCUUCCUGCAGGUGUACGGGGAGAGCCAUCAACGCCUCAAGAUGAUCAAGGGCAGCUCUGGGCCGGAGGAGGUGCUAUUCCUACGUCUGUAUCUCCUCCAGAGUCUGUUGGCGUACAUUGAAGGCAAUGAUACUCAGGCCAAACAGCAGCUGGACAAGGUGGUGGCGCUGUACAGCCGUCUCACUCCGGAUUCACAGAAAAUGCAUCAGCUGCUGACUCUGGGCUUCAGCGAGAGAGAGGCCAGACUGGGAUUGCGAGCGUGUGGAGGAGAGGUCCAGGAGGCUGCCAUUCACAUCAGUAACAAGAGACAGGAGCGUGAGGAGCUGAAGCAGAGGGAGAGGCAGAAGCGUCGCUCUCGUCUUGAAUCGGUUUCUGUUUUGUGCGAUUUGGGAUUCGACCGAAGGGAAGCAGCCCGAGUCCUAAACCAGACCAGAGGAGACGUGGACCAGGCCUGCUCUAUCCUACUGAACGCCCGGCAGAGCUCUGAGGCCACAAACAACAACGACCCAGAGGCCGGGAGUCCAGACCAACUGGACCAGCUCUUGUACCUGGGCUUUGAGAGGACACACUCGCACACUGCUCUCAUUCUCACUGAUGGAGAUGUACAGGCUGCUGCACAGCUACUGCUGGAGAACCAGGGCGUCUUACCUCCGCUGAACCAGGACCCCGGUCCGUCAGGCCCGCCAGGCCCCUCAGGCCCCUCAGGCUCCUCAGGCUCCACGAGAGCAGAGCCCAGACCAGGAUCCUCCACCGAGGACGAUGCUGCGGUGAAUGAGGUGCUUGAGGACAUCUCUCGUCAUGAAGAAGAUUAUCUGGACCUGACACUGGAAGAGGAAAGUGAGCUGAUUGCCACACUGCAGUCCUAUCUGAGCCUGAGACCAGCCCUACCAAAGACCCAGUAG